CACUCCCUAUCGCGCUGCUGUGUCGUCCUAGCAGACAGCCACAGUCGGCUUUUUAUACCGCGAAACAGGAGGGUUGCAUCAACGGCCACGCGCUUUCCAAACCAAUAACAAAACCUGUUUCGACUUGUUCGAAUACAAACUGCAAAAGUGCACCACAUUACGCAAAGCCAAGUGCAACAUUACUUUCUGUUAUUGUGUUGAUAUAGUCUUUCGACUGCCCAUUGAAAAUGGACGUAGAAGCUACAUUGAGCAGUUAUGUAAAAAUUGGAAGUUUAAAAACAUCAGACCUUAGUUUCUUUUAUGGUUAUUAUAAACAAAUUGCCAGAAGUUUUCAAACUACUUCCUUGCAUUUGGCUAUUGAACUUUUAAAAUCUGACAGUUCUGCCCACACGGAGUUUGGCAUUGAAUGGCUAAGAAAUAUGUUUAUUAGUCAGUGAGAUACCCCUUACAAGUAAAGAGAAAUAAUGGAAAAACUUUUGCAUUUAAUGGGUAACAAAGAUAAAACUGUAAAAAAUGCUCUGGAAGUGCUUUGCAGAAUGGCAAAUGAUGAGACGGAACGUCAAUAUCUGCAACAACAUGCUUGCUUUUUAAGGAGUUUUCUUGAGAGAAUUGACAAUUUACAAUUUGAUGAAGUAUCUAUGUUAUAUCAUUUACCAUGUACUCAUUCACAACUUAUAGCAGAUACUCUGAAUGGUGAUUUAACUAUUAUUAUGCAAAAACAACUAUGUAGCUCUAAAGUGGUAACAAAAUGUAAAGGUGUCCUGGGCGCUGUUAUGGCUAUCAAACACUUAUCUGAAAGUGCAGAAACAAGUGAUGAAUUGAUUGCUUUACUUAAAAAAACAUUGAUUAGUUUAAAAGAUUGUACAAAAUUGCAGGGUCUUAAAGCAACAGCUCAUUCAAUUGAUCAGAAAUUUUUAAGUGAAAUCUCAAAUCUUUUUGAAGAUGAUCUUAUAAAUAAUGUUUUGAUUGAUUCUUUACCCUCCAGUGGAGAUAAAGAACCAAAAUAUGGUCUCAACGAUCCAUCUGCAUUAGAUGAGUUUUGUUGUGCUUCAUUUGGAUCUGGUAAAGUUGGAGCUAUAGUACCAGCAUCUUUCAAACUAUUAAGAACUUGCUGCUCACGUCUAAGUGGUUCUCUUGAAAGUAUUAAUGCUAUUUUGGGUACUCCAGUGUUGCUACCUACUGAUAUGGAUAUGCCCGAGCCAACAAUAGCUGAUUAUAUGAUUAACUGUAUCAAUUGGUUUAGAGAACUCAUCGGAGCUUUUGUAACUCAAAAAGAGGCAUUAUUACAGGGACAGGUCGUUAAGAUCUUAGAAGCCCUGAUGAACUUGCAAGGGGAAUUUGUAGCUAUGGUGUCAAUGAUAGACGCUCACUAUAAGCCACCACUUUGCUAUUUCCAUCAUUUUCCUAAUCCUGAGUUCAACAGAAUCAAAUUGAAAGGAGGUAAAAAAGGAGGAAAGAAAAAAGCUAAAGAAGAUGCAACUAAGACUGAGGAUAAAGAUGAAUCCACGAUGAAUAAGUCUAUUGUACUUCUAGAAUUUGAGAGUUGGGAAGCAGGAUCUGAAAUGACUGUAAAAAAUCCCGCUUUCUUUCGGUAGAUGGACACAAAAAUUAUUCAUCUUUUUGACCCCCCUACUGAUUCACAAGAAAGUGAAGAAGUAGACGUUAACAUAACAACGUCUCAAGUAUGUUUUAUUAUAAAAGAACUGAUAAAUAUGUUUCAUCAUCAAGCUUCUGAAAGGUUGAUCAAAGACUUGAUUCUUCUGAUAUCAAAGAUUUGUUUUAAGUUUCAACAAAUUGUUCCGGAUUCACGUGUAAACUCUGAUGAUGACUCUAUCAAUGACUAUGCUCAUCAAAAAGAAGCUGCACGAUUAUUUUUAUGCUUAUUCAAAGUUGUACUAAGUUGGAAAGAAUUUCAAAAUUCCAAACAUAACAAUCUACUACGCGAUGGUCUCAGAUGUUUUGCCGCGAUGGCCAAUGAAUCAAAUAUUAAUCUAAUAACUUCUAAGGACCUUGUCUCCGAAUCAUACAAUUAUUUUGAAUCAUUGUCAGAUAUUGCUACGCACGUUUCGAUAGCAGUAGCUGUAGUGAAUAUGCGUAAAUGCCUCAUGAAACAUUUCUCUAGUUUUACCAGUGAAUCGAAAGAAAGAUAAGCAAAAAUGGCUUAUGGUUAUUUGUGUCUGGAGUGGCACAAUGAUGGUCAUGGUUCUCAGUAUAGAGCAGCUAUCAAAGAACUGAUAAGAACAUGGAUUAGUAAUGAGCCCGAUCCAUUGAAAACUGUUAUAUCGGUCAUGGAAUGGUUACCUAAUGAAGCAAGAGAGCUCCAAUGGCCAGCAUUUUGCUUAACUCGGCUGCCAUCUGUCAGUAAAUCAAUUUUCCAUUUGUUAUUAAAAGAAUUAUUUAUUGGCAUCAUUAAAGGAAUUGACAUUUCUUUGGAAGCUGCCGAAAGGGAUCCAGAAAGGAUACAAGAGUGGCAGGAUUCAGCCAUAUGUUUAGAUAACAUUGCAAACAUCGUUAAAACUUCAAACAAUGUUUAUUUGUUACUCUUCCUUCGAUACACUGCAAUGUUGUACCAACCCCUAUUGACUGCUGGCAUGAAAAUUUUAGAAGCAAAUGUAAAAUACCAGCCAGAAGAGGUACUGAAUGUAAUCAAAUUGUAUCAAAGAUCUGGUCGAUUUUUGAGGGAUAUUUUUUGUACUGCAAGAAAAGAAAAAAAUGUUACUCUCUUGAAAUUAAUUCCUGAGGCAAAAUCCAGACGAGAAAAAUUCAUUUAUCGCGUGAAAGGGAUGUUAACUGCCAAUAAUUCUAUCGGUGCCUUUUGGAUGGGCAAUUUAUUGAAUAAAGAUUUGGACGGGGAAGAACUUAGUUCUCAGUCUACCGAUGAUGUGUCCGAGGUAGCAGAUGAAACCCCAGAAGAAAAUUCGAAUGAUGGCCACAAUUCCGAGGUUUUUAAUAGUGGUUCCGACGAUGACAUCGGUAUGGACGAAGAUUAAAAUGUACUUCAUGUAAAACUUUUAAUUCUAGUUAAGUUGUACAGCAUUAGCUUUGUGAUUUUCCAUGUGAGUGUCAAGUCAAUUUUUGUUUGUGUAGUUCACAAAUUAAAUGUUGUCUCUA